ACGUGAGAGAGGAGAGGCCGAAAACAAGAGCAAUCGAGCGGAGAGUGACUCGGAGAGAGAGAAUCAUUUAGCUGAACCGCUCUUCGUUUACAUGUGCUGAAUACGACAGGAAUUGAAAUUGCAUCCGCAACAUGCCGGCAUGAACCCUACCGCCGCAAGAAGACACCCUCCAAAAAAGACUUUUGGUCUGACGGCGGAGGCGGCCUGGUCUGACGGCGGAGGCGGCCUGGUCUGACGGCGGAGGCGGCCUGGUCUGACGGCGGAGGCGGCCUGGUCUGACGGCGGAGGCGGCCUGGUCUGACGGCGGAGGCGGCCUGUCGUUCACUGCUCAAUGCGUCUACAGUUUCUUGGUAGAAUCCUGUCUCUUAGCUUGUGGGUACCAGUUGCUGCGGCCAGCCCAGAGGGCUUCAUGGAUCGGAUAUGCCAUCGCCUCCUAGAGGACUACGAGAUGGCUGCCAAGAUAGUAGAGGAGUUCAGGAAAACACAACCGACUUCUCCAGACAAGGUGAACUGUGAGUACAGUGAGCUGCUGUACCAGAACCAGGUCCUGAGGGAGGCUGGACUCUACAGGGAGGCUCUGGACCACCUCACCACCUACAAGAAACAGAUCUGUGACAAACUGGCAGCGACGUUACGAACACAAGCAGCACAGAAACGGACUCCAGUUCUGCAAGCAGAUCCUGUCCAACCCCAAGUUCACAGAACAUGGGAGGGAUAGAUGGAUGAGAUGUAGACCCCUUUAUAAAGCCUCUCGUUGUCUCCCCCUCCCCCUCCCUGCAGAGACCCUGACGAUGACCUCUCGUUGUCUCCCCCACCCCCACCCUGCAGAGACCUCUCGUUGUCUCCCCCACCCUGCAGAGACCCUGACAAUGACCUCUCGUUGUCACCCCCUCCCCCACCCCACCCUGCAGAGACCCUGACGAUGACCUCUCGUUGUCUCCCCCACCCUGCAGAGACCCUGGUGAUGAAGGGUUUAACCCUGAACUGUCUGGGGAAGGAGGAGGAGGCUUACAACCUGGUCAGACGAGGCCUCCGCAACGACCUCCAUGUCUGUAACCUGUUAAAAACACGC